AUGAACAACAGCUAUAUUCCCGCUUUUGAGUGUCGGCACACACUGGUCAAACAUACUAAGCCGUUGAACACUUUGAAAUUAAACAAGGAUGCUACGAUGCUCCUCAGUGGUGCGGAUGACGGGUUGUUACUUGUCUGGAAUAUCCUCCACGGGAGUCUCGAACAAACCAUCUCCGUCACUUUCAAUGGACCUGUCUCUGCCGCUGUCUGGACCCCAAUCUCGCCAAACCGCCCCAGCACUACUUUCGCAUUCGGUUGUGCCGACGGAACGAUGUUUGCCUACCAUCAAACCCAGGAAGAUGAACCUUACCACACUACAUGUUUAGUUCCAGCCCACGACGGUCGUGUCGAAACCCUUGCCUUCGAUACCCAUCACCACCGCAUUGCAUCUGCUGGAAGUGGCUGCGCCAAAGUAUGGCAGUUGGACAUGGAAGGACAUUUCAAACUAAUUCAUACCCUCGAUUCUGACCCAUAUAUCAUUCGAAAUGUCUCCUUCCAUGAAAGAGGCUCAAACCUUCUGAUUUGUUAUUUGGAGUCACACCAAGUGUAUGCAAGCGUUCAACAUCAUUUAAGCUGUGUACUUACGAGACUUGCCAGGCUGUGCAUGAAGAUCGAAAACUGGGUGAAGGAGUGGUGCCACAGUCUGCCCAUGAGGAUCGGACAUGCUACCAUCUCUGGCGACAGUGGGACAUUGAUUGUCUCAAACCUCGUUGAUGGUGUGGAUACAUAUGCAAUCCCACCUCAGGAGCCGCUUCGCUCGUUUCGGCAUCCCAUUAACUCCAACGUUCCGUUGCUCGUUUCCGCCGUCAUGGAUUCCUCUUUGAUUGUAGUGGGGAGCGAUGAUGGCUGUCUGCGGAUCUAUGACCACCACACAGGUCAGCUGUCAAUGUCGUUGCCUCACGGGAAAGGUUUGGUCCAAAUUGUCAAUGCAAUAUCGGACAACGGAAAAUCUAUCCUUGUAACAGGAACAUCUGACACUGAUGACAUUGCGAUCAAAAUAUGGGCACUGAUCAAGGAAAUCGCAGAAGAUACCCAAAAGACUUCACCCCCACCCGUCUAUUCAACAGGAUUAUCCUUCUGGCAGAUAGUUUGCAUUAUCUUAGUCUGUUGCGGUGUUCAAGCUAUUCUUCUCAACCUCCCAUUUGACAGAAUCUCUGACCUUAUACAGAAUUGCCUCAAACUUACACCUCAUUUCCAUCAUUAG